AUGGGCAACUCAAUGACUCAAACUAGCAGCAAUGAUAGUUUGGAAACGUAUAGUAUCUUCUGGUUAGAUGCUUCAGUCAAUAAUGAAGAAAAUAUUACGGCUCAAAAGAAAUUACGAAGCAUUGUUAAUCAAUUACGGACUUUUGUCGAUCCUAAAGAAUUUUUAGAUCGCGUUCAUUUUAUUCAACAAGGCGAUCUUACAAUUUUGAUUGUCAGCGGUCAAAUGGGUCGCAUUGUCGUGCCCGAAAUGCAAAAAUUGGCUCAGGUAUCGUCAAUAUAUGUAUAUUGCUUUGACAAAGAGGCUAAUUUACAAUGGAGUCAACCAUAUAAGAAAGUAAAAGCUGUGUGCACCAAAUUAGAUGAAUUGAUCGAUAUAAUUCGAGUCGAUCAAAAGAAUCGCGGCCGAAACGAAGAAGCUUUGGCCAUGGAUAUUUUGGAUCGUAGUUCAACAGAGUUGAACGGUGAAUUCCUGCAUUCACAACUGCUGAUCGAUGUUUUGAUCAGAAUGAAGCCCAGUCAACAAGACAAAAAUGAAUUGUUAGCAUUAUUGAAAAAAGAAUACAAGGCCAAUGAGGUGGAUUUGAAAUUGGUGAAUGAAUUUCAUAUGGCAUAUGAAUCGGCCAAAGCGAUAUGGUGGUACACACGUGAGUCAUUUUUGUAUCGUGUAAUGAAUAAGGCUUUGCGUGUACGAAACACGGAAUUAAUUUUUCUAUUUCGAACUGUUAUUCGAGAUAUUUACGAACAAUUGCUUGCUCAUCAAUGUCAAAAGUGCGUCACUGUAUAUCGUGGUCAAAUUUUAUCGAUAGUGGAAUAUAAAAAAUUACAAGAAUCACGUGGAUCAAUAAUUUCAUUGAAUUCAUUUUUAUCAACAUCAUUAAAUCGUAAAAUAGCAGAAAGAUUUGUUCAACAAAAUAUGUAUUUAUGUGCAUCGGGCGAUUAUGUAGUUGCUAUUUUUGAAAUUGAAGCUGAUCCUACUGUGGUUUGUAUGAAUAACGAUAAAACAAAAAAUCGACGACCAUUUGCACAAAUUGAUGAAUUAAGUUAUUAUUGUGGAGAAGAAUCUGAAGUAUUGUUUAUGCUUGGUUCUAUAUUUCGAUUGAAUGAGAUAUCUGGUGAUCAAGCAUCAUCAUCAUCAUCAUCAGCUGAUGCAACAAUGUCGAUCAUUCGAAUGACAUUAUGUAGUGAUCAUGACAGCGAUCUCAAACAACUGUACGAUCACAUGAAGAACGAAUACGACAGAGAGGAAACGAAUCUUCUCUCUCUUGGUGAUGUGUUAAGAAACAUGGGAAAAUUCGAUUUGGCCGAAAAGUACUAUCGUCGAUGGUUGAGCGUACUUCCAUCGAAUGAUUUCUCCCUUGGUGAGUUGUAUCCACGUCUUGGUAUGAUUGCUUAUGCGAAAGGUGAGUAUGAUACGAGUCUCGAAUGGUACCAGAAAUCACUCGAGAUCGAUAUGCGAACUCGUCCAUCUGAUCAUGUCAAUAUUGGUAACACAUACAACAGCAUUGGUAGUGUUCAUCGAAAGAAAGGUGAUCGUGGUCGAGCACUCGAAUCGUACAAUCGAGCCGUGUCACUCUUCAAACAAGCACACGAUGAGAAUCACCCUAAGAUGGCUAUGUUUUACAACAACAUUGGCUUGAUCUAUCAAGAAGAGGAGAAGUAUUUUGAAGAGCUCGACUUCUAUGAGAAGUCACUUGCUAUUUGGAAGAAGCAUCUACCAGCGGAUCAUCCUAAAUUGGGUACGUCGUACAACAAUAUUGGCGUGGUUCAUUCGUGUCUCGGUCAUUAUGAUCUCGCAUUGGAUCAUUACAAUCGAUCACUUAAAAUCAGAUUGAAGUCACUUCCUGCUCAACAUCCCAAUAUUGCAAGUACCUACGAGAACAUGGGUCUUGUGUAUGAAGACAAGAAUGAAUUAGAACAGGCAUUGAUAUAUAUGAAGAAGGCUCAGACAAUCUAUGAAGUAGCAUUACCACUUAAUCAUCCUAACGUAGUAAAAAUUAAGAAUGAUGUUAAAAGAGUAGAAGAUAAAUUAAAAAUAAAGAAUAAAAAAUAA